AUGAUCAACAAAAGUGAAUCGGCAAAUCAAAAAGUUUCUAUUACAUCACUAGAUCACGAUGCAUUCUAUCUUAAGGAAAUGGAGCAGGAUCCUAAUAUUCGCCUUAACUUGUACCGUACAGUAUGCAACGCAGCCUUGUCAGAAGCCUCUACCCGUGGUCCAUCCGCUAUUUCCCCAUUGUGGAUUGAUGUCCUUCUCAACGGUGUGGAGGACUGCAUGUCUUCCACGCGCCGUGAAUGCGUGGAGUGUAUUCAGAAACUUAUCCGUGCCCCCACACCUGGUGACGUGUCCCUGAGGCGUCACCAGAAUCCUGCCUACCAAUCAAACCUCUCUGCAUUGGCGAACCACGACGCAUAUGAAAAUCAGCCAAAGAAAGGCGCACUUCCUGUAAAAAACACCGACUCCACAAAAAGAGAGCGCCCUGCUAAAGGAAGAGAUACUGUAGUGCUGUGCGAUGAUUGGCGUCGCCAGCUAGCAAACCAGUUACUUCAUAGAUGGGUAAGAACCCGAAGUGGAAGCGCUGGCUGGUACCAACGGGAGGGGCUCUUGCGUGUGUUUAAAAUUUAUUGUGACUUUAAUUAUACACUUUACCAAAAGAACUUGGUGGGACAUCUCUGGCUGCGCGAGGUGCUAUUUCGCGUAGGGAUCCCCUCAUUGCAUGAGGACCAGUUGCCUGUACGGGAGGAAGCUGCGUCUCUCCUAUGUAUCAUAACCCAGCGAGAGGGCGCUGCACGAUCCUAUGUCUUUGAUCGGGUUGUACACAAACUACAGGACCUUCUUACUAUGCAAAAAAAACUAUCAACCCUCCCGAAGGACAGAGAAGCACAAACUCAUGUUAUAGAAGGCUACCUCAUUGCUCUGAUAAAAUUAUUCGAGCAGAAUCCUGGGUCUGGUCGCAAAGAGAACAUGUACCAGCUCUUGAUGGGUUACGCAUCGUACCCCGCGUCAAGUGUGCGUCAGUACGUGGCGGAAACUCUUUGUCCACCCUCUGAAGUACUCUGUAUCCGGCUGCUGAAGGAGCUGUCGAUGGGCUGUUGGUGGUCUUCAUCGCAUGUUCAGAAUCACUGGCGGGAGGGCGAAACGGUGCUUAUGGCAUUGCAACGGCACAUUAUAUAUUACCUCACACAGGGAAAGGGGUGCAACUUUAACUUGGAAAGACUAAUUUCUGUCGCAAUCGGUGAGAGCACAACUUGUUUUCUCUAUAGUUGUAUUGAAUCACUUUUGGAUGCCUCGUGUGAUUCCCGAUUUGAACUAUCUAGAAUGGGGCAACAAAUUAUCCCUCUACUUUUGCAGAUAUGGGUUCGAUUUUCCAGGACGGCAGAGGCAAUUUUUAAGGUGGUACAGGAGCUAACAACGAGUAGUACUCACACCACCAGGAGAAGUGGCACCCCCUUCGAGCAUCCCUCUGUGGUGCAGCGUGAUAGAAAUCGCAUUCUGGCAGAGGUAAUUGUUCCACUUAUAUGGUGGUAUCUAGCAGUUCGGCGAGCUACAGCAGUAAUGGACGAUCAGAAAAAUCGGAAGAAACUAGAGGAAGUGCAUGUCGAUCAGUUCUUUCGUACACUUCAAGAUAUCACUAGCAAGAUCAAAGACCCUAUGUAUAGCAGUGUGGCGCUUAUUAUCGGUUGCUAUUUUCUCCCCCUUUUGAAUGAAAAGAACGUAACCAUUAUACAGGAAACAUUGCUAAACAGUAAAACGUGGGAAUACAUCCUGCGGACCCCCCCAGCUAUGUCUUAUUUGCACUUUGGUUUAGACUUUGUAUCAUCGAUGAAGUAUAGGGGGAGAGAUCUUCAGCAUUUGAUCCCUGUAUGGCUCGAUGCCCUUGAAAUGGCGCAGACACAUCAACAAUACAUUCUUGUCACAAUGAUUCGUGAAGCCUUAUGUUUCACAGAUGCUGAACGUCUGCACGGAUCUGAAAAGCCGAGUGAUUCCAUUUUAUGUCGGCCAUUUCGCUUUGCUUAUCAUAACACUUUUGCGGCGCCAGCCAUGCUAGAUGGCGGUGAAGAGAUUUCGUUGGGGUAUACUUGGCUCAAGAUGUACUUCCCGACAGAACAGGAAAUUCCAUCUGGCGAAAUGUUCUUCGGUACAGCGGCGGGCCCACGUGCUGGUUCAAAUGAUUUAGAGGGGGAAAAAGCCGUAGUUGAAGCGCUGAGACACUACAUCUGUAACGGCCUAUAUUUAUCCCCUGUGAUUGAACCUGAGAUUCUUCGCGAAGUACGAGCCCUUAUGGUUGCAAUAGUUAAAGCAUAUCCUAGUAAAGAGUGCAGUGAAUUCGUUCUCGAAUCCAUUUUGAUGCGUCUGGACCGUGUUUGUCCCGAAUGGGAAAACAAAGAAAAAAUUACAAUGGAUUUGAAACAAAAAGCGAGUGACUGGGACACGUGGGACGAUGACAAUGCAAGUGGUGGACCUGUUGAAGGGGUAUCAAUAGAGGAGGAGAUCCAGGAAGCAUCCCACAGUGCAAUCAUCAUAAUACAAAAAAUGAGCCAUGAUACUCAAGAAUCAAUUUCCAAAAAGUUUGCCGAUCGUCUCGUAAAAUUGUUGCACUAA